GAUAACAAAAUUGAAAAUUUCUGCUCUAAUCAUACAUUGAAGAAAAUAUUAAAACGUCAACAUGAGUUAUGAAUAUCAAGGCCCACCAGUUGCAUUCCCAGGACAAAAACCGCCGACUUCGUUCGGAGUUCCUCCAGGAACACCUUCAGCUCCCCCAAAUACUCCUCCAAAUUCACAAGCCCCACCCUCUUACGUUAUGCCACAACCAUAUUCUCCAUAUCCUAAUUCUUAUACAUCUCAACCAUUACCAUAUCUUAAUAUGAGUGGACAAUCAAUACAUCAAUCUUCGAUGCCUCAGCCGUCUUUAGCAUAUUCUGCCCAAAAUUUUUCAACUUCUCAAAGUACAUAUGGUGCACAAGCUUUUCCUUCACAACAGCAAAUAUACAGUCUACCGCAACCCCAAAAUCAACUGUAUCCUUCGCAAUCACAACAGCCUUAUUCAUCACAAUCACUUCACCAUUCUUAUCCUGUCUCACAAGUGCAGCAAUCACAAACUUAUAAUCAUUUACAACCACAGCAAAAUCCAUAUCCAUUACAAGGUUUUCCCUCACAACAAAGUUCUAUAAUUUCACAAAAUCCUGCUUAUGCUCCUUCUGGUUCAGGUUCAUAUCCUAAUCUAAACAGUUUAGAAAAAUCAGAUCCUACAAUUCCUAUACAUAGUAGUGGCUCGUCUCCUUAUCCGAGCAGAGGGUAUUCUGGGGGUCGGGCUAGUAGCGGUAACUUUUCUUAUGGAGGAUCGAUAUCUCAAAUGGCACCGGCCCCUCGAAUGACUCAGGUUUCAACUAAGUUCUCUCCAACAGUUAUUCCUUUUCCAAAUUUAGAUUCAAGAGUGGAUGCUGAAGUUCUACGUAAAGCAAUGAAAGGUUUUGGAACUGAUGAAAAAUCUAUUAUUCAAAUUAUCGCAAAUCGCACUAACUUACAGCGUCAAGAAAUUGCUAUUCAGUUUAAGACGUUAUAUGGAAAAGAUUUAAUAAGACAGUUAGACGUAGAAACUUCUGGAAAUUUUAAUAAUUUACUUAUUGCCAUGAUGACGCCUUUACCACAAUUCUAUGCAAAAGAACUUUAUGAUGCAAUGAGAGGGAUUGGUACAGAAGAAAGUGUACUUAUUGAGGUACUUUGUACAUUGUCAAAUCAUGAAAUUCAAGAAAUUAAGCACUCAUACGAAACAAUGUAUAGAAAAUCAUUAGAGGAUGACAUAAGAAAUGAUACUUCUGGAAACUUUAAAAGAUUUUUGGUUUCUCUUUCUUGUGGAAAUAGAGAUGAAACAUUUCAAGUCAAUAAUGCUGAAGCUAUUAAUGAUGCUAAGCGAUUACUUCAAGCUGGAGAACUUCGUUUUGGAACAGAUGAAUCAACAUUUAAUGCAAUUCUUGUGCAAAGAAAUGUUGCUCAAUUAAAACAAAUUUUUACAGAGUAUUACAAUAUUACUGGACAUAAUAUUGAGACAGCAAUUGAUAAUGAAUUCUCUGGAAAUAUUAAAAUAGGCCUAUUGAGUAUCGUUAAGUGCAUUAAAAAUCAAGCGAGUUUCUUUGCUGAACAACUUUACAAAAGUAUGAAAGGAAUGGGUACUAAUGAUCGUAGUCUUAUACGAAUAAUUAUUACACGUUCUGAAAUUGACAUGGGCGAAAUAAAACAAGCUUUUAAGUACCAGUAUGGACAAAGUUUAGAAAAUUUUAUUUCAGAUGAUUGUUCUGGACACUACAAAAAAUGCUUGCUUACCUUAAUUUCUUAA